AUGUCGACCUACGUAGAUCGUCGAAUACCGCAGAAGCGGCAGCAGUCCCAUAGAAGCCAUCCUUAUGAAUUGCCAUUUGCUGCAGCAGCAGCAGCAGCAGCAACAGCAGCAAAAGAAGAAGGAAAAUCUAUUUUUCUUCGUCUUACCUCCCGUGUCUCCUCCUUCUUCCAGAGGGCCUUAGGAGGAGGAGGGGGCCCAGGGGGCCCCGCGGGACAGCAGCAGCAGCAGCAGCAACAGCAGCAGCAGCAGCAGCAGCAGAGCCGGCUGGUUAGCGAGUGCAGCUCCUUCUUUAGUGAGACACGCAGCGAUGCCUCAGGCUCUCCCUUCCGCAACAAUGCACAUAAGCAGCAGCAGCAGCAGCAGCAGCAGAUGCUGCAGCAGCAACAGCAGCAGCAGAACUUCCUGCAGCUGCCUUUAGAUCAUCAGCCGCACUACCAUCAUGGGGCCCAAGGACAUUGGGCACAGGACACUGCAGCAGCAGCAGCAGCACCAGGGGGAGCAGCAGCUGACCUAUCCACGUCAUCCCUCCCCUAUAUCUGCUGCUCGCAGCAGCAGCAGCAGCGGCUGCAGCAGCAGCAGCAGUACCGCAGCGCAGCGUACCGACCACUCUCUGCUGGAGCUGUACCCUAUGCAUGCGCAGCAGCAGAGAAUGGGGGCCCCCUUGGGGGCCCCCUUGGGCCCCGUCAGCACAUGCAGCCGCAGCUAGCUGCCUUGUCCCACUUCGGACAGCAACAGCAGCUGCUGCAGCAGCAGCAACAGCUGCUGCAGCACCAGCAGCAGCAGCAGUUGCUACUGCAGCAGCAGCAGCGGAGACCCCACCAUUCUCUUUUCUCAUCUCCUGCGCAUGCAACAGAUCCAGCUCUUAAGCAGCAGCAGGCUCUAGUAGAUCAGCAGCAACGGUUGCUGCAGCGACAGCUGCAGCAGCAGCAGCAGCAACAGCAGCAGCAGCAGCAGCAGCAGCAAGAAGAGGUAUCCGUAGCCGAGCUGCAGCAGCUGUACCUCCGCUGCCAUUCUAUGAGAUGGCGAUCGCGUCUCUUAGAGUUAUUUCAGUACGAAGCAGAAGCAGCACUGCAGCAGCAGCAGCAGCAGCAACUGCAGCAGCAGCAGCAAAGACAGAUGCUACUACAAACACUGCAGCAGCAAGUGCAGCAAGAUACUGCAGCAGGUGCAGCAGAUGACUCACCAGAAGCAGCAGCAAAAACUGUACUAGCAGAGGCAGCAGCAUCCCUAAAACCAGCAGCAGCAGCUGCUGCUGCAGCAGAAGCAGCAGCAGCAGCAGAAGCAGCAGCAGCAGCAGAAGCAGCAGCAACUGCAGCACAAGCAGCAGCAAGCAGCCCCAGUAAGGCACCUGCUGCAGCUCAAGGUAGUGGAGAAAAAGCAGCAGGCAGCAGCCUGUUUGCUGCUCCUCAGAAGGAUGCAGCAGCAGCAGCAGCAGCAGCAACAGCAAAGGAAGCUGUAGCAUCUAAAGGCGCAGAAAAUGAAGCAGCAGCAAGCAUCAGCAGCAGCAGCAAGAGCAGCAGCAGCAGCAGCGACAAGCCCGCCACAAGUUUGUUCGGGUUCGGUGGGUUUGGUGCACCUGCAGCGGCAGCAACAGCAGCAGCAAAAACAGCAGCAACAGCAGCAGGAGCAGCAGGAGGGAUAGCAGCAGGCUUCAGCAAACCUGCUGCUGCUGCUGCUGAUGCUGCAGACACACCAGCAGCUGAGCUAGGAGGACCAAAGAAGCGCAGCGCUCCCGGUACAGCAGCAGCAGAAGCAGCACCUGCAGCAGCAGCACCACCUGCAGCAGCAGCAGCAGCAGCACCUGCUGCAGCAGAAGCACCAGCAGCAGCAGCAGCACCUGCAAAGCCAUCAGGGAGCCUCUUUGGGUCUUCCGGCUUCCCUUUCGGCUUGCAGCAGCAGCAACAGCAGCAGCAGCAGCAAGCCCCACGUUUGUUUACGUUCGGUGCAGGUAGUGAUAAACCAGCAGCAGCAGCAGCAGCAACACCAGCAGCAGAAAAGCCUGCUGCUCCUGCUGCUGCAGAAGCAGCACCUGCAGCAGCUGCAGCACCUUUGUUUGGCGGCAGCAAGAAAGUGCAGCUCGCUGCAGCAACUGACUCUGCUGCUGCUGCACCUGCUGCUGCUGCACCUGCUGCUGCUGCACCUGCUGCUGCUGCACCUGCUGCUGCACCGUCUGCUGCAGAAGCAGCAGCUGCUGCUAAGUGGCCUGCGCUAUUUGGAGCAACAGCAGCAGCUGCUGCUGCCAAGGCAGCAGCACCGGCAGCAGCACCGGCAGCAGCAGCAGACAGCAGCAGCAGCAGCAACAAGAGCAGCAGCAGCAGCAAGGAAGGUAGUGGUACAGGACUGUUUGGGAGUUCUUUGUUCCCAGCAGCUGCUGCUGCUGCUCCUGCUGCUGCUGCUGCUGCUGCACCUAAAGAAAAGGAGAAAGGAGGAGCAGGGUUUGGUUUAUUUGGCGGUGCAUUAGCAGGAGAUAAAGAGAAGCAAAAGGGUACUGCUGCUGCUG